AUGCGUGACAACCAUCAGUGGAAUAAAAAACAAUUGGAACAGUUACGUGAAUUGCUAUCUGUGAGCCUGACAGACGGCGAAGCGGAACAGGAAACGGGACCAAGCGAGCGUAACCGAGGGAAAUUGGGACAUGAAUUGUUCAAAUCGGAUAAACAUUCCAAUAAGUCGCCCCUGCUCGGAUAUGGCCCUAUCUCAUUGGGCUCAAUACCAAGUGCCCUGAACACACAACCAGCGAUGCUGCGAACAUUCAGAGAAAACAACCCUGUGCUCAAUUUGAGUCGAAUAUAUUGGAAACCGGGAUCAGGAGUUUCGCCACUGACGUCUAUCGAAUGUCGCAAGACGGAUGAACAACGCAGGACUCUGUUACAUGACACAUUGCAACACUGGAUCAGGUUUGCGGAUGAACAUCAGAUUUGGUGGUGCUUGUCUUACGGUAGCCUUAUUGGGUCUCUCAGGGAUGGCAAUAUUAUCCCCUAUGAUUCAGACAUGGAUAUUUUUAUCCUCGGCUCUCAAGAAUCCAAGCUUCGUCACCUGGCAACAAAUCGAUGGUGGAUAAGACGAGGAAAGUUCAAUCUCAUCACACGUCCUGGCCCGUUUUGUUCACGGGGGCCCGGUGAGCGAGCGAAUUGUUACGGCAUUAAGGUGGCCAAAUUGAGCGACAUGUGCGCGUUCUGCGGUCCGUUUGCUCGUGUUUUUAUGGACUAUGGCAAAUAUAUUGAUUUGUUCUCUAUUCACCUUGAAUUACACACGAACAAAGAGGGGAAGCCAGUCAAAUUUGGAUUCGUAUUGGAAGGGCAAACAGACAGGAAUUUGGUAGAAUGGCCGUUGCUCAUCCCAUUGAGUCGAUGUCAAAUACUGGGUUUGGAGGUCCCUUGCCCACAACAAUCACACCGAUUGUUAGAAAAGCUUUACGGUACAGAUUGGCGAAAACCACGUCGAGUAUGCAACGGGCUGACCGGUGAAUGGGAAGGAAUCUGA